GCGAGUUUAAAGGGCCGUGCGGGACCGCGGAGCUGCGUCGGCGGAGCGCGCCAUGGAGACUGCUCGGGACUACGCGGGAGCCCUGCUCAGGCCCCUGGCACUCGUGGGCUCCCAGACCAGGAAGGCCCUGCUCACGCCACUCGUGCAGCCCCCUCGCCCCUUCCGCGUCUCCAACUCGGAUCGGAGCAGCCGCCGCGGGGUGAUGGCCAGCAGCCUGCAGGAGCUCGUCGCCAAGGCCCUGGAUGCGCUGGUCAUUGCGGCGGGGCUGGUCACACUGGUGCUGGAGGAGGACGGCACCGUGGUGGACACGGAGGAAUUCUUCCAGACCUUGGGGGACAACACACACUUCAUGGUCCUGGAGGACGGGCAGAAGUGGACGCCAGCCAGCAGGUACGUGCCAGCCAGCCGGCUGCGCUCAGGCAUCGCCAGGGUCACGCUGGACCUGUACAGGCUGCAUCCCAAGGACUUCCUGGGCUGCCUGAGCAUCAAGGCCACCCUGUACGAGAUGUACUCCGUGUCUUAUGACAUCCGCUGCACCGGGCUUAAGGCUGUGCUGAGGAGCCUGCUGCGCCUCCUGUCCUAUGCCGCGCAGGUGACAGGCCAGGUCCUGGUCUACGCCGGCUCCUGCACGCUGCGCCUGCUGGACGACGCUGCCUCACCACCCCCCGAGUGGCGGCUGGGCGACUGGCUCCGGUUCCUGCGCAGAUAGGGGCUCCCGCCCGCCCUGGGCCCUGGCUCUGCUCCGGGGCACAGAGGGGCGCUGCAGGGCGGGCCUGGGAAGCCUCACCUCGCGGCCGAGGACACAGCGAAGAGGCUGUGGCCUGAUCCCACUCGAUGUCUGCUCCGGGCGCGCCCGUGGCCUCCUUAGAUGUGCCGGAGUCGCCUGCCUUGGCCGCCCCGGGGCCUGAGCCCAGCACCUUCACACCGAGCUCCGUCCUCCGCACUUCCUGUGCUUUUAAUUUUUAUUUUCAGUCCACGUUUGCAGCACAUGGAGCCCACGCAGCUGCUGCUGGGCAGUGGGUGCCGACAGGGCUUCUGUCUCCCUUGGUUCCCUUCCCACCUGAAAAAGAUCUUGUUUCCUGUCAUCUGUCCUUCAUUUCACCCUUUAGCUCUUUAUGCUUUGGAUUUCCCCUGUAAGAGAAACCGUGUGAUGACUAA